CCAUCCUUCAUUUUACAUCUUGUUUAAGCUGUGUCAGUGAAAAUGGUGAGCUGUGGAAACCUGCUGAAGAGCGUGCUGGUCGCCGUCAUCUUGGUGACUCUGGCUGGAUCAGGAUCGGCACGGGAGCUGUUGAGCUGCUGCACGGAAGUCAGCACUAAGGAGAUAACGGAGCCGAUCACAGGAUACGAGCUCCAGAGAGGCAAUCCUCCAUGCGUCCGAGCCGUCAUCUUCCAGACAGAGAAAGGCUCCUUCUGCGCCUACGUCGGAGCUCCAUGGGUCAGGGCUAAGGUCAAUGAGCUCAGAGAAACUGGAAGCGAGUGCCAGAGUUACUUCCAAAUCUCCAUCAGAUCAGACCGACCAAUAGAGCGAUCUCCUCUCUUGAAAAUGGUGAGCUGUGGAAACCUGCUGAAGAGCGUGCUGGUCGCCGUCGUCUUGGCAACUCUGGCUGCAUCAGAAUCGACAGAAUCGAAGCUGAAGAGCUGCUGCGAGGAAGUCAGCAGUGUGGAGAUAACAGAGCCGAUCAUAGGAUACCAUCUCCAGAGACGCAAUCCUCCAUGCGUCCCAGCCGUCAUCUUCCAGACAGAGAAAGGCUCCUUCUGCGCCUACGUCGGAGCUCCAUGGGUCAGGGCUAAGGUCAAUGAGCUCAGGUAUGUUUCAUGUUCACGCACUCUCAUCAACACAAACAGCCAAACAGCCAGCCAGCCAACCAGCCAGCCAACCAGCCAACCA